GUGAUCUGACCCUCCUCCACCGUGAAAAGAAAUAAAGUCUAUAUAACAACCUUGCACCACCGCGAGCUGUGUCAGCAGCAGCCAUGGUGGCCUCCUCCUCGAUCACCUGCUGCCAUCUCACGCCCGCGCCGGCUCCGGCGGCCGCCACCAGCAGAGGAGGAGGAGGAGGCGGCGGCGUUCGCGCGGCUCGCCUCCAGCAGCUGCGCCGGGCGUGCCUCGCGGCGGCGGCGGCGUGCGCGGUGCUCGGCACGGCGGCCGGCGAGGGCGGCGCCUCCCCCGCGGUGAUGCUGCGACCGGACCAGGCGAGGGAGACGGCGACGGCGACGGCGGUGGGGCCGGCGCGUUGGAGCGACCGCCGGCAGUGCCCGCCGUGGCGCGCGAACUCGCUGGAGAACAUCGUGCCGGAGAACCUGCCGCGGCCGUCGGCGCGCCGGAGGUUCAACAGCAUCACGGCGGCGGAGAGCGCGCCCGCCCCGGCGUCGCCCGACGCCGUGCUCCCGUUCUUGGCGCUGCGCUCCGGCAUGAGCUGCUUCUCCCUCUAAACGGGGACACAAAAUGGUACGUGAAUACGUGAUGCAAUCGUGCAACUGCAUUUGUAAAGGGUGCAAUUAAUUAAUUACACAAUUAGUUCAGCAAAUUAGCACAGCCUUGUAUACUAAUACUAGCGUGGCAAAAGGAAGACGGUGUUGGGCUAUUGGUUGUUUAGGUUGUAGCUAGAUGAAAUAAUUGUUUUCCCACUUUAUUAGUAGCUGGGAACCGAGAUAAAUAAGGUUCUAUUCGCGAUAUGUUGAUCAUGUAUCUUAAUUCUUGCUUACAAAUGAGCAAAUCUUACAGUUGAUCAAUACUAGUCCAUAGUUACUUUAAUUUGACCAUGUUGCUUUCAAGGAAAAGUAGACAGAGAAAGCCGCCACAAGUACUCCAAAUGACAACGAAAUAAAGAAGAUUUGUUUCAGUCUUCCAGAAACAGAACAGAGAAGGUUUCAGAUUUUUACAGAGCGGUUUGAGCUUUGUGUGAAUGUUCGACAUGCAUGCGUGCAUGAUCGAUGGUACGAGCGGUGCAGUACGGUACUACUAUGAAACGCAGUACAAGUUUUGCUGCUUCGAACUGAUCGGUAGUAC